AUGCAUAGUGUUUUUAUCCGGUUUCAUUUGCGAAGGUCAAAAGCUUACAAGGUAGAAGAUAAGCUAAAAGAAGAGCAAGAAACACAACAGAUUUCUUCCAAAUCUGAAGUUAGGAAGGCAGAUGGAAAUUAUGGUAUAAGGAAAUACAUUUCUGAUGAUGAAGACUCCUCAGAUAGUAAGUGGAAGAUAGAGAUGGCUUGGCUCACAAAGACACUUGAACCAGCUCUGCAAUUUUGUAGGCGAGCUCUGCCAACAGGAUAUGAAUUUGGAAAGAAACCCCCACCAAGCAAUCGAUCCCUUACAGAAAUAAUUGCCUGCAUCAAAAGGAGUAAGCUUGGAAUCCAUGAUUGGAGCUUGAGUGACCUUACUAUUGGCUUGUAUUUGAUCUAUCUUCGGCAAGCUUCUACUCAUCCAUUUGAAGAUAUCAAAGGCAUUCAGAUAUUGUCAGAAUCAAUUGUGCAAGAUCUCAUUUAUCAUAUUGAGUUGGCUAAAGGUGCUUAUAAGGACAGUCCUAGUAGUCUUUCAAGGAACAGCAUGCUAAGAGAAAGUAGUGUAAAAAAAUUUGUUAAAAACUCCAGUGUAAUGAGGCCUGCAUAUUAUAUAGGGGUUGAUACCCGAAAAAAGCUUGUAAUUUUAGGCAUAAGGGGAACACAUACUUUUUAUGACCUUAUCACUGAUAUACUUUCCUCAAGUGAUGGUGAAGUCACAUUUGAAGGCUAUUCAACCCACUUUGGUAGUGCUGAAUCUGCACGUUGGUUUCUCCACCAUGAGGUUGAAAUCAUAAGAAAAUGCUUGGAGAAACAUGAGGGAUUUAAGUUAAGACUUGUUGGUCAUUCUCUUGGUGGUGCUAUAGCUUCUUUAUUGGCAAUAAUGAUCCAUAGAAAAUCAUCAAAGGAGCUGGGUUUUAGCCCGGACAUUGUAUCUGCUGUUGGCUUUGGUACUGCACCAUGUGUCUCCAGAGAACUUGCUGAAAGUUGUUCUGGCUAUGUAUCGACAGUUGUGAUGCAGGAUGAUAUUAUACCUAGAUUGAGUGUAGCUUCCCUAACAAGGUUCAGAAAUGAAAUUGUUCAAACCGAUUGGGAGUUAAACAACAAAAUGUUUGAUCAAGGAUUUGAUAUUUUCUUCAGGAUGAGUGUAAUUGAGAAAGAAGACUGGAGAGGCGUCACGGAUUUGGUUACAAAUGCAAAACAGGUUGUGUCUUCAGUGCAAGAUGUAGCUCACAAACUAGCUGAUUAUGCAAAUUUCAGGACAAGCAAAAGUUUAGCUGGUAAGCCUUUUUGCUGUACUGGUCCAAAACAUAAUUGUCUUUGGAGGAGUGAAUCUAUAUUCUACUUAUACAGUGACCGAUAG